AUGGCUAUAAACGGCACACUUAAAGGUCUCCCUCCAGGUCUACACGGCUUCCAUGUCCACCAAUUUGGUGAUUUAAGCCAGCUCUGUACAGGUGCAGGAUUGCACUUUAAUCCUCAUAAAAGACACCAUGGAGCGCCUCAGGAUUUGGAAAGACAUGUUGGCGAUUUGGGCAAUAUUCAGGCUGACGAAAACGGAACAGCCAUAAUACGCAUCAGAGAUCGUUAUAUGACAUUUGAAGGUGUAAAUAAUAUUAUUGGAAGGGGACUUUUAGUGCAUGAAAAGGUUGAUGAUCUUGGGCGUGGAGGGAAUGAUGAAAGUUUAAAAACUGGAAAUGCUGGUCCUCGUUUUGGAUGUGGAGUAAUUGGUAUACGUGGAGAAAAUUUGUAA